AUGCCUGAUUCGAAGAAGCUGAACCAUCUCAGGCGCGGCGUCAUAAAACAUCUAUUCGCUGGUCUCGUGCGCAACCCACCCACAACAGUGGAAGAAUUCAUUAAGGAAGUCACAGCAAUCGAGCGGGUGCUGCAGCAGCGUUGCCGGCAGUACGAACGCCUGACACAUGCGCCUGCAGGAGCCGCAACUUCUGGUGCUGCCACCUACACGUUAUAUCGGUUAGCAAUGAACCCAGCAGCCCAAGAGAAAGCGCGACAGGAAGUUCUCGCUGCAACAAAGGACAGUUCUGGCACAUUCUCUCCAGACAUUCAUCAUCACUUACACUACGUCAAAGCCUGCAUAAAAGAGGCACUUCGAUUUCACCCCAUCAUACCUGGAGUAAACAGGAAAAUAAACCAUGACGUCGUAAUGUCAGGUUACUGCAUACCCGCUAAUACUGUGUUACGAACACAGCCAUUUGUUGCUGGAAGGCUGGACGAGAACUUCACUCGGGCUUCGGAAUUCCUACCUGAAAGGUGGCUGCGAUCGAGCGAUGACCAUUCGUCCAAAGAGAAUGACGACACUUGGAAUCUGCAUCCAUUCGCUUCUCUCCCAUUCAGCAUUGGACCAAGAAUGUGCAUUGGCAGAAGAAUCGCUGAGAUGGAGAUCUGCAUUCUUGUUGCCAAGGUGCUGAAAAGAUACCGCGUGGAAAACCAUCAUGGCGACAUCGGCUUUCUUACGCAGUUCACCGGUAAGCCAGAAAAGCCAGCUAAGUUCCGGUUUGUGGAACUCAACACCACUUAACUAAUGCUUAAUGAAAUCGUCGUCGCUGUUACUUCGUCAUCGUGAAGAUUCCAGCACGCCCCUGAAGACAAAUACAUUAGAGAAAUAAAGUUUACUUUCCUG